AUGGCGGGUGAAUCUGGUGGCGAAGGAAAGCAAGUUUUGUUUGCUACAGAAGCUGAACUAUACAUUGAACACCUUAAAACUAACCCUCUAAAAGAAAUAGGAAGUGCAAAGUAAGUAUUAACGUAGAAAGGAGCGUGAUCGAGCGGUCGGACUUAAACUCUGACGCCAUGGUAUGAAACCAGACUGUGGACCACAAGCUGGUCACACAGUACGUUUGGACCUGUUGAACAUCGAUUAAAUAGCCAUGUAUAUAUGCGUUUAAAUAACUAAAAUUAAUAGUCUGCCUCCUGCCAAUCAGAAAAAAUGUUAUUUUAUCGGUAGUGAAUUUUAAUUCCGCAGAUGGAUGAACCAACAUGAAUUCAUAGAGAAGCUAAAUAUGCAGGUAAUUUUGAAACAAAUCUUAGCCUAACCAGUCAACAUGGUACCAUUAACCCAUGCCAUUCACACCUGAACUGCCCAUAACCGCCUUUGUGGAUCCUCGUCCCUUGUAUCACUUGUGACGACAUCAUCAGUUCUACUGUCAAAUCGAGAAAACUGUGAACACUUGAAAUAAUUUACUAAUUAGGCAUAUUUCUUGUGUUGUUACCAAUCGCAUCAAAGCUGAGGACAUGCAAGCAAGCCACAAAUCCCUAAGUAAUUAUACCCGUUGUUGCCUGUAGUUUAGUUUUCUCAUUCCUGAUUGGCUUUUUUCCUUGCAACACAACAACAUUCCCGAAAUAUUUCUGGUGUUCCUAGUUUUCGACUGGGUCACAGAAACAACUAUAAUGCACAGGGGCAAAAGAUCUUUUGAACCGUAUCCAAAUGCAUACAGGUAUGAUUCAGUCAAUCAGGCUAGUAAGAACAAAGCAAAAAGUCAUCCAAAAUUUUUGUGUAUUGCUUUCUGGAAGAUAUUAUAUCUCUGCAAGGUUUUCAACAAUUCAAGUGUAAAUAAAGAUGUUGAACUGCUUAAGUUACUUUGGCUACUCUGUAUUAUAUAUCUGGACUGUUAAGUAAUCACUGUAUAGCAGCAAUGUAAUCAUGUAUCUAUGUGCUUUAUAUGUAAGUCAUGUAAAUCAGUGAUGCAAAUAAAUAAAUUAAUUUAAAAAAUAAAUUAAAAAAAGUUUAUGUAUGUAUGUCUUUAUUAGGCUAUUGUUAGUGCUUCAUCACAGACAGAUGAAUUUGUCAAGGAACUGCUAAUAACUUUAGAGAAGGUGCGUGACCCUGCAAGUAAUAUUUUUUGUAUAAAGGAUUAUUUGUGUAAAGCAUUACUUAUCAUUAUAUGUAUAUGAAAUAUGAGAAAGAUUAUUUUCUUCGGAAAAGGUCAACAAAGCUUGUUAAGUGGUGAGUAGAAUAAGAUGGUAAAUGGCUUACUGUAAAUUAAAUGCUAGGCCAUCUUGGUUUCAGGGUUUCUAGUUGGUCCCCCUGUCCCCUAGGUUGAUUUGAUUUUCUUGAAACCAGGAUGGCCACCUGUUACAGUGCUUGAUCCCGACAAUCUUACUAAAAAACAGGGGAAUUUAAAUAUGCAGCCAACACAGCAACGGUGGUUUGCUUUGUUUUCUUGUCAUAAAUUAAAACAAAGAUAAUAUAUGUAUGUAAUAUUUACUUUGUAGUUUUCCCUAAUUGCAUCCGAGAGGUGUUAUUCCAGAUUUCACGGGACAGAAAUGAUCGGAUGAUUUUGAAGGGUUGAAAUUUCCAAUUCCAGGAUUUUUUUGGGUAGGGAAAUUUGGCAAGUACUUUUUGGGUGGCUUGAUUUAAGUAGUGUUUUUUUGGGAUAUUCAAAACAAUCUGAAGAUUUAUGGUAGUACUGCGUAUCCUGGCUUAAUGCUUUCUGGAAAAUUUUAAGGCUUGGAAAUUCAUCAUGGGAUUUUCAGGGGUUAAGUUUUGGUCCAGGGAUUUUCUGGGGUUUUGUCGAAAUCCCUAGGGAUAUAUUUGGGUUUCGAUUUUUGAAAUCCGGAGUACCCGGGCCCUAGGAAUUGCAUACUAGUAUUGGUGACUAUCUUCUACCACAAUUUUGGGUAAAUGUUUUUAAAUAACAAAUGGGUAAAGGUCUUGCCCCAGGCAGACCACCAUAUGUUGAAAAUAUGUCAAUGAAAUGUUAACUGAAACAUGCAUCAUGUCUUUUUUUUUCAAGCUGUAUAGGACUGUAUAAGCUGAGAAAUUAUCUUGCAUUUCCAAAUUAUGGCUUAUUUCUAACUUCUGGGCAAUACCUGUAGUUAAAAUCAUAAUAUUAGAAAUAUGCUGCACAUAACAUUUAUUUCCAAAUAUUUAUUACUGGGUCCUUUUUUAUAUUUUGACUGCAUUCUUCAGAUUCCCACCCUGAUCCAUGAAUUGUUAGCUGUUGAGCUUUGGAAAGAAAAGGUGUUUCCAAAACUUUUAGAGUCAGGCUACAACCCUCAUACAACUUUACCUGUAUAUUUUGUGGUAGGUGUGACUUAAUUUAUUGUUAUUUUAAUUUUAUUUGCUGUAACCUUGUACUCCAACUUAUAACUUAGAGAAUUUGAAUGAUUGUUAGUGGAGCUCUUUGGGUGGGAACCAUGCGUAGUGGAGCACUAUAGGUAAGAAAAUUUGGUUAUCUUUGCAUCCAAGACAUUUUGUAGAUCCUUUUUUAUAUUGAGAAAAAAAAGUUAAGAAAAAUGAAUUGUUAUGUAGUGCAUGGUAUCUCCAUUAAUGAAAUUGAGUUUGCCUACAGUAUGGACCAACCCUACAGUGUACUUAUGGUUGUGGUAGGAAUACCAUCGGUUAUCUGGUUAUUAGUAUAGGUAAUAGCAUGAUUAGUAGUGAUAUUUGGCAUAAAUACCACAAGUGAUAUUUCAAAAUUGUUAUACGUAAUUUCACGAGCCGUUAGGCGAGUGAAAUUUGAGACAAUUUUGAAAUAUCAUGAGUGGUAUUUAUGCCAAAUAUCACAUACAAAUCAUGCUGUUAUUUGUUUAUACUACUACCCGCAAAAGGUUUGUAAUUUUCACAUGUAGGUAUUUCAAAUUAAGCUGAAAUACCACUGCUCUAAGCCAAUCAAAUUGCAGAAAUUUCUUAUGUAGUGGUAUAAAUGUGUUAAUUAAAAGUAAGAAUUUCUUGGUAAAAGCUAGCGCAUUUUCAUCUAUAUUUAGUACUUUCACUUGAUGCACUGCUAAAAUAAUAUUGUUUUUUUAAACAGCUGUUUCAUGAGGCAACAGUAGUCAGUCUCCUGGAAACUAUUCUAUAUCAUAAGGUAAACAUAAGUAUGUUAUUGUGUUUCAUGUCCUUACUUCCAAGACAGUGCCAAAAAUGAAAAACUAUAAAUCUUUCGGUAGUCUUAGAUUUUACAUGAAAUGUUUUUUGUUGUUUUUGGAACCAAUUGCAAAAAAAUACUUAGUCGUUGGUUAUUUUUUUUAUUAGUACCACAAGGUAUUAUAGGUAAGUUUUGGAACCACAUGGUCAAUUUAUUUAACUCUUGGAGAAUUCACAAUCUUUUUAUUACAAAAAUCUCCUUCAAAAAAAGUCCCAAAUAAUUCAGCCACGGUGUAUGGAAAUUUAUAUCAUCAAACUAAUACUAGUGAUAAAGUGAAAGUUAUGGUAAUCAGAUUGUGGUGUAAGUUUUAUAAUAACAUAACUCAAUUUUUUUCAAGUUUUACAUAAUUUCCGUAACAAAGCUCUUGAUUGUAUUUUGAUUGUCAGGAAGCAUGCGAGGCUGCUGGUGAUAGUAUUCUUGAUCUUGCUGAUUAUUGCCUCAGAAGAAUAACACUGCUUAUCGCACAGUAAGAUAUUGUUAUUCAUUUUUUCAUUCUUCUUCAUAGUAGUGUAGUGUUCUUGAUGCUUGUAUUUUGAUUUCAAAAAAAGAAAAAAGACUUCGGGAGCUUGGGGGGCACCUUCCACUCCCUGAUGAGUCUGUUUGACAAACAUUGUUGGCCUGUAAAUCAAAGACAGAGGAGACUUCUACAUGUGUUAGUAGACCUAAAAGUUUUAUGCAUAAAAGAUUAACAUUAUUUGGACAAACAACAUGGGCACAUUUAAUUAAAAUCUUAUUCAUGAGGCCAGUACCAUCUUUUUCGUCUUCUUGCUAGAGCAGGGGUGACAUGAGGGGUAGGGGAGGGGGGAUAAAGACACCUCCACAGUUUUGUAGAGUGUCUAUGGCUCCUUUCCGAGUACAAUUUAAUACGUGAAGUUUUGACUUCUUCCCUAAAUAUCAUAAAGAAAGUGAAUCAUGUUUGAGUGCCUAUAAUGCUGGCCUUCUUUAGGCCACAACGAUAUCAGUUCUAAGCUGUACAAGAUCAUCAGGGCUGUUAAUGAUUGGUGCAUUAUGAUUGUCAUCGUUCAUGCUAGAAGCUAUUCCCACAGUGUUACUUUGUCCAAGUCCAUUUUUCCCUUAAAGGUUAGUUGAUUUUCAGGCAAGAAGAAGCUACGGAAGAGACAGUAGAAACUAAGGAUUCCUCAAGUGUGGAGGUAAACUAUGGGGUAAUUAAACUUCAGAGAUCAAAACCACUCCCUCCCCCUCCCUCCUUUCAAAGUUGAGGUGUUUGUUGUUUCCAUUGCAACAGGUACAUGUAGCUCAAACAGUGGCACAACAUUGCAUGGAGGGAGGUGGGGAGGGCUUCAUUUUCCCCUUUGAAGUUGGUAAAAUGUCAGGGCAAGGUGUCUCAACCAAUCUUGUUGCUGAGUGUAGCUGUGCUAGUGCCUCUGACAUAAGCUAGUUCAGCCAGUUUUUAAUAAAAUGAUGUUAUUCGUGAGGAUUAAUUUUUUUCAUGAUUUAUUUUAGGAACUGAAGACGCAAGAGAACACAAUUUUCUUUACUGUAUGUGUAAAGACUGUUUCCAUUCUCAGAUACAUCAUAGAUUCUUUAACAAAGUAAGAACUACUGAACUUUUUCCUGCCAUUAUAUUACAUCUUUUAUUGACCAAGCUUGCUUGUUCAUCCAAGAUGGAUGAACUUUGCCAGCAUCCAAACAUCUUCAUCUCAUGCUUGACCAGUCAAUAAUAAAUAUAUCUGAUCUAGUGAUUAAUAUUAAUGUACUUAUUUCUCCUAUUCUAGUUUACCACUGAGUGUAAUGACACGACUUCUAAACACACACAGUAAGUAUAAGCUGUGUGUAAAAUGUAUGUUAAAUGUAUGUGUUUUGCUUGUGUAGCUAAUGGAACAAGAGUUUUCUCUGUUAAGUUACUUAGGGCGCUUUCCAUUCGGCACAAAAUUCCGGAAAUUUCAGUUAGAAAUCAAAUAGAAACAGACAUUUCGGUUUAGUUUGGUCUGACUGAAACAUUUAGGAAGUAGUCCUACACCUGCACCUUUGAAGAUGGAUCACUUUGACCAGUCCACUCAUUUCAGUGGGUCAGACCGAAAUGUCCCUUUCCAUGACAAGAUUGUUUUUCCCAGUGGCACUCUUCUGUAUUCUGAUUACAAGAACAAUAACCAAAUGCCCAGUUGCUUGAGUGGGGUCUGUGCUACCAGAAUGUACUGUUCCAUUGGGCACAUGGAAUUUCUGAAAUUUCAAACCGGUAUUUUUGUUGAAUGGAAAGCGUUCAUUGUUUAUAAUGUGAAACAUAGUGUCCCUGCCCUUCUGAGAGAUUGGAUCUUAAGAGCUUGGUAUCAGUCUCCUUAUUUAUGUAUAUUUAAUGUUCUAAAUACUACCUCCAACAGAUACCUUUAGCCCUUCAGUAGCUGAUGUACAUAGGCCAUUUUUAUCACAAUAAUUUGGUCUUAUUGGCUGGGUUGAUAACUAAAAGUUCAUUGGCGUGUGUAAAGAGUUUUGUUGAUAUUACUUUACUCCCCAGCUAUGAAACACCAGAAUUUCCGACUCAUUUUAACCCACUCACUCCUAUUAGCAGUGAUUUUGUUACCUCUUCGUCCUGUGUCCCUGACGCAUAAAAUUAAUCCCUUAAGAUGCAAAAUGAGUCAUAGCAUGCAUCCCAUAGGACACAAAGAACAAUUGAUUGAUUUGAAGAUUUUUUGGUAGAAUAUCCUGUUCAUGUGAUCACUGUGGCUGUUGAUUAAAGAUGCAUAUUUAUUUUAGUCUUUUUUGUGGUUUAAAUAUAUAGAAGGACUGUAUUUUAAUUUCAGUUAACUGUAAUAAAGAGUUUUGGCGUCUAUUCCAGAUUAACUGUCUGGUUACAUAAAUGCCCAAGCAUUUUCAAUUGAACUGGGACCCAUUGGUUAUGGAAUAGGUAAUAGCAUGAUUAGUAGUGAUAUUUGGCAUAAAUACCACAAGUGAUAUUUCAAAAUUGUUAUACGUAAUUUCACGAGCCGUUAGGCGAGUGAAAUUUGAGACAAUUUUGAAAUAUCAUGAGUGGUGUUUAUGUAAAAUAUCACGUACAAAUCAUGCUGUUAUUUGUUUAUACUAAUACCCGCAAAAGGUUUGUAAUUUUCACAUGUAGGUAUUUCAAAUUAAGCUGAAAUACCACUGCUCUAAGCCAAUCAAAUUGCAGAAAUUUCUUAUGUAGUGGUAUAAAUGUGUUAAUUAAAAGUAAGAAUUUCUUGGUAAAAGCUAGCGCAUUUUCAUCUAUAUUUAGUACUUUCACUUGAUGCACUGCUAAAAUAAUAUUGUUUUUUUAAACAGCUGUUUCAUGAGGCAACAGUAGUCAGUCUCCUGGAAACUAUUCUAUAUCAUAAGGUAAACAUAAGUAUGUUAUUGUGUUUCAUGUCCUUACUUCCAAGACAGUGCCAAAAAUGAAAAACUAUAAAUCUUUCGGUAGUCUUAGAUUUUACAUGAAAUGUUUUUUGUUGUUUUUGGAACCAAUUGCAAAAAAAUACUUAGUCGUUGGUUAUUUUUUUUAUUAGUACCACAAGGUAUUAUAGGUAAGUUUUGGAACCACAUGGUCAAUUUAUUUAACUCUUGGAGAAUUCACAAUCUUUUUAUUACAAAAAUCUCCUUCAAAAAAAGUCCCAAAUAAUUCAGCCACGGUGUAUGGAAAUUUAUAUCAUCAAACUAAUACUAGUGAUAAAGUGAAAGUUAUGGUAAUCAGAUUGUGGUGUAAGUUUUAUAAUAACAUAACUCAAUUUUUUUCAAGUUUUACAUAAUUUCCGUAACAAAGCUCUUGAUUGUAUUUUGAUUGUCAGGAAGCAUGCGAGGCUGCUGGUGAUAGUAUUCUUGAUCUUGCUGAUUAUUGCCUCAGAAGAAUAACACUGCUUAUCGCACAGUAAGAUAUUGUUAUUCAUUUUUUCAUUCUUCUUCAUAGUAGUGUAGUGUUCUUGAUGCUUGUAUUUUGAUUUCAAAAAAAGAAAAAAGACUUCGGGAGCUUGGGGGGCACCUUCCACUCCCUGAUGAGUCUGUUUGACAAACAUUGUUGGCCUGUAAAUCAAAGACAGAGGAGACUUCUACAUGUGUUAGUAGACCUAAAAGUUUUAUGCAUAAAAGAUUAACAUUAUUUGGACAAACAACAUGGGCACAUUUAAUUAAAAUCUUAUUCAUGAGGCCAGUACCAUCUUUUUCGUCUUCUUGCUAGAGCAGGGGUGACAUGAGGGGUAGGGGAGGGGGGAUAAAGACACCUCCACAGUUUUGUAGAGUGUCUAUGGCUCCUUUCCGAGUACAAUUUAAUACGUGAAGUUUUGACUUCUUCCCUAAAUAUCAUAAAGAAAGUGAAUCAUGUUUGAGUGCCUAUAAUGCUGGCCUUCUUUAGGCCACAACGAUAUCAGUUCUAAGCUGUACAAGAUCAUCAGGGCUGUUAAUGAUUGGUGCAUUAUGAUUGUCAUCGUUCAUGCUAGAAGCUAUUCCCACAGUGUUACUUUGUCCAAGUCCAUUUUUCCCUUAAAGGUUAGUUGAUUUUCAGGCAAGAAGAAGCUACGGAAGAGACAGUAGAAACUAAGGAUUCCUCAAGUGUGGAGGUAAACUAUGGGGUAAUUAAACUUCAGAGAUCAAAACCACUCCCUCCCCCUCCCUCCUUUCAAAGUUGAGGUGUUUGUUGUUUCCAUUGCAACAGGUACAUGUAGCUCAAACAGUGGCACAACAUUGCAUGGAGGGAGGUGGGGAGGGCUUCAUUUUCCCCUUUGAAGUUGGUAAAAUGUCAGGGCAAGGUGUCUCAACCAAUCUUGUUGCUGAGUGUAGCUGUGCUAGUGCCUCUGACAUAAGCUAGUUCAGCCAGUUUUUAAUAAAAUGAUGUUAUUCGUGAGGAUUAAUUUUUUUCAUGAUUUAUUUUAGGAACUGAAGACGCAAGAGAACACAAUUUUCUUUACUGUAUGUGUAAAGACUGUUUCCAUUCUCAGAUACAUCAUAGAUUCUUUAACAAAGUAAGAACUGCUGAACUUUUUCUGCCAUUAUAUUACAUCUUUUAUUGACCAAGCUUGCUUGUUCAUCCAAGAUGGAUGAACUUUGCCAGCAUCCAAACAUCUUCAUCUCAUGUUGACCAGUCAAUAAUUAAUGUAUCUGAUCUAGUUAAUGUACUUAUUUCUCCUAUUCUAGUUUACCACUGAGUGUAAUGACACGACUUCUAAACACACACAGUAAGUAUUAGCUGUGUGUAAAAUGUAUGUUAAAUGUAUGUGUUUUGCUUGUGUGGCUAAUGGAACAAGAGUUUCCUCUGUUAAGUUCAGACCGAAAUGUCCCUUUCCAUGACAAGAUUGUUUUUCCCAGUGGCGCUCUUCUGUAUUCUGAUUACAAGAACAAUAACCAAAUGCGCAGUGCCUUGAGUCGGGUCUGUGCUACCAGAAUGUACUGUUCCAUUGGGCACAUGGAAUUUCUGAAAUUUCAAACCGGUAUUUUUGUUGAAUGGAAAGCGUUCAUUGUUUAUAAUGUGAAACAAGUAUCCCUGCCCUUCUGAGAAAUUGGAUCUUAAGAGCUUGGUAUCAGUCCCCUUAUUUAUGUGCAUUAAAUUUUAAUGUUCUAAAUACUACCUCCAACAGAUACUUUUAACCCUUCAGUAGCUGAUGUACAUAGGCCAUUUUUAUCACAAUAAUUUGGUCUUAUUGGCUGGGUUGAUAACUAAAAGUUCAUUGGCAUGUGUAAAGAGUUUUGAAAGCUGAAGUUCAAUGACGCUAGCCCUAAUAUUUGUUCAUCCUUUUGGAUUCACAGCGACGAAGGCCUAGUGCUUCAAAUGUUGGCUUUUGAAUCUCUUAAUUGUGGCCAAUUUACUUAAUCAACUUUGUUGAUAUUACUUUACUCCCCAGCUAUAAAACACCAGAAUUUCCGACUCAUUUUAACCCACUCACUCCUAUUAGCACUGGUUUUGUUACCUCUUCGUCCUGUGUCCCUGACGCAUAAAAUUAAUCCCUUAAGAUGCAAAAUGAGUCAUAGCAUGCAUACCAUAGGACACAAAGAACAAUUGAUUGAUUUGAAGAUUUUUUGGUAGAAUAUCCUGUUCAUGUGAUCACUGUGGCUGUUGAUUAAAGAUGCAUAUUUAUUUUAGUCUUUUUUGUGGUUCAAAUAUAUAGAAGGACUGUAUUUUAAUUUCAGUUAACUGUAAUAAAGAGUUUUGGCGUCUAUUCCAGAUUAACUGUCUGGUUACAUAAAUGCCCAAGCAUUUUCAAUUGAACUGGGACCCAUUGGUUAUGGACAGGGACUCAUGAUUUUUUGCAAGAUGAGUCCCAGGACUCACCAUAACCAUUUGUAACAAAAUCACUGGGCAGAUAAUCUUGCUAUAACGUAGUGUAAUGGUCAAUGACUGAUUGCGAAACUUGUUAAAAGCCAAAUAUCAUUGUUGACUUGUCCAUCAUUGAGAAAUUAAAAGUCUUUACCGUUUUACUCCACACAUUUUUUUUCAGACACUCCUGUAGUACUUGUACAGUUAGUUGAGAAUCCUCCAUGGAUUAAAAGACACAAAGGUAAGUUACUGAAAGUAGGUUGUUUAAAUCUCAUUCCCAUUUCUGGAAAAAAAAAAACCAAACUGUUCAACCACUUCGUGGAAACAUCAAAAAGUUCAGAGUAUAAAGCGACCUUUAACGCUACCAACGUGUUUAUCUCGGCUCUCUGAGUUUUACAAUGAAACGACCAGUCAGAUGAAUGGCUAUGAAAUUUCCCCUCAAACAACGCACUACACGCGACCAGUACUGUAGCAUUACAGUACAAGGGGCGGGGGGGGAGAGUACUUCCUAAAAUGGCCUAUACGGGGACGUUCCACCCAAAAGAGGUACCUUUUUCAGGCUUCAGGAAUAUGAAAGGGUAAAAGGCUUAAAGGCUUGUUUGUGGUGGAAAGUGCACUUAGCUCAGUAUCCAGCUAGUUUGCAGGCACUCCACUCAAAUUCUUAGCAACAAAUAAUUCAAAUACAACAUAACAGGGUUAAAACACCAAACUGGCAGGAGGCAACCAGUUGGCUAUUUACGAGCCAGGCCGAGGAUUUGAACUCGGUACGACCCAGAGCAAAUCCAGCUAGUGGCCAGAGCGGAACUCGAACCCAGGGCCGCCGAAUCGCGGGUCCGACGCGCUGACCACUCGGCCACGCUGUCUCCCUGAGCCUCAUUCCCUGUAGGAAUUUCACGAGUUGAACUAUAUCAAAGGGUGGAGAAAUUUGUCAUUUCGUUCCGUAAAAAGAGCUAAAAGAGCUAAUAGACGCGUUUUGUGGCUGUGAAAAAGAUAAGAAAACUUCCUGGUUUAAGGUGGAUUUCCUCUGUCGCGUAAUUUUGUUUUACGCGCGUAAAUAAAAUAGAGACAUUGUAUGGAAGGUCACGGGUAUACGUUUAAAGUUGAACCUCGCUCAACUAUUACGUUUACGCGUGUCCUUGCAUACAUUGCCUCUAGUUCAUUUACGCACGUAACUUUUACGUGUGUUCGCACGGAAAAAUCACGCGACAGUGGAAAUCAACCCCUAGUGAUUUAUUCAUAAUUAUUUCAAAGACGGUACACUUAAAGCAGUUUAAAGGGACGUAAAAACCAGGUAUUUGAGAGAGGUACCAUUUCUCAAGGUAUAAGAAAGGGGUACGUUUCAAAAAUCUUGUUUGAAAGGGUAAGGGGCUGUACCUCGGGGCGCGCGGAGUCUCCCUGAACAAAACUUUGUUGAGUCCCCCUACUCAGGCGAUCACCGUGGCUUGCGUAUGACCGGCGUUACCUUGGUAUGUAAGUACCACUGGUGAAAGAAAGAAACUGCUUUCUCCCUAGUCUGAGUGACCCAGCGUGCAAAGAAAGUCAUGUCCGAUAGCCCGGGGCUAGUGGAUUUUGCUAUUGGGCCAGUGAUUUUUGUUCUUAACUUUCCCGACGGGCGUGUGCUGUUUUUUGGGAAAUUCAAAUUACAGAAGGAUUGUAAUCAAUACUGCUAAUAAAAAAGGGUUUAACUUUUGGGGCUUGUUGAAAUGACUUGUGGGCUAGUACAUGCUAUCUACAGCUUGCCCGAAUGGCAGGCUGUAAAACUCACUUUCUUUGCGUCCUGGACUGACCUCAACUCAUACUUGUUGUUUCCAGGUAAGCUGAUGAAAUUUAUUGACAACACGUGGAGAAUGAUAGCUGAGAAUGAGAGACUACAACUUAGUAAAACAGAAGGGCAGGUACGUAGCUAGGGUCAACUGCUAUAGACCAUAUAAGCUUUUUAAGAGUUCCUAGGGAUGCCCACGCGCGUGGAAGUUGCCACAAAAUGUUGUUUUCAGAUUAUAUUGCUAUUUUUAACUGACUUGAAUGUGUCUGGAGUACUAUAAUCACAAUCUCAUUGGGCGACAAUUACCCAUAUAGGUAUUUUUAGGGAACUACAACCCCCAAAACACCCUUGAAACCAGGAAAACACUCAAUUAUGUCGGUCUAUCUUAUGAUUGAAAUCUUUCAGGUUUGGCUUGCUGUCUAUCAACUGCUCAUGAACGAGGACUGCCAAAGGAAAUAUGAAUUUAAUUCUUACAGCAAGGAACAAAUAUUAAAGGUAACUUAAGCCGCUUUUAAAAGCAGUUCACGCCGUGGUUGUUCAAGCGUUGGAUAGCGCUAUCCACUGGAUGAAUCACGCACUAUCCAGCGGAUAAGCAUUAGGGAAACCAACUGGAUAGAGGUUUUCUUCCAUUGGAUAGCGUCAUCCACCUUUUGAAGGAGUAGCAUGAUGCCAUCAUUGCUUUAAACUCAGUACGUUAGUAAUGGCAUGACCUUCGCAAAAAAUUAAGAAGAUUGAAAAAUGCCCAUCACGAUUGGAGAAAAUUGUUCGGAAUUGCUAUCCCCAUCUAAACUUGAUGAUGAUUCGUGCAAGGUGUCAUAUUUAGAGAGGAGAAGUCGUUACGUCACGUUUCCAUGGAUGACAACAAACCGAAAAUUCAAUUUAAAAGCGAAUUCGCUUUGUUUCAACUUAAUUGAUCUUACUCAGUUUCAUUUAAUUUGUCAAAUGUUGGCGAAAUCUUCUGGGGUUGAAUCCGAAAGGACCGUAUGUAAAAAGAAAAGUAAAAUUUUUUCGUUAGGUUUACCUACUGCAUAAAGCAAAAACGUGAAAUUUGGAAGUUUCAUGCCGCAGUCGUGCAACGGCGGCCAAGAAAUGUACAAAAAAAGCAUGAUGCACGUGCAAAGUUAUUGUUUUGCUAACAUAAACUUAUUGCUUUUUAACUAUUCUCGUUUCCGUUGCCGUCGUCGUUGCUUUAGGGAGCUUAAGCAACAACGACGGCAACGGUGACAGCUACGAAAACGUCACUUAAAAAGGGAAUUCGCGCUACUUCAAACUUUAUCGCGCUUAUUCCAGUUCGUCAAAUGUUGACUAAUUUUUCUGGAGUUGAAUUCUAAAAGACUGUAUCAAAGUUCAGGAAAAGAAAAAGAAAGCCUUUGUCUUGAGUUCACGUCCUCGACAAAACGUGAGUUUAGGCACUUUCACGUUGUGGUCGUGCAACGACGGUAAAAAAAUGUACAAAAAAAACGUGUUGCACGUGCAAAGUUGUUGUUUUGCCAAUCUAAACCUAUUGAUUUUUUGCCGUUCUCUUUGCCGUUGCCGUUGCCGUCGUCGUUGCCUAAGCUCUCUUUUAACUCCCUAUUGCGGAGAUCCUGAAAUUUUGCUACCAUGGUAACGUGACGUCACACUUCUCCUCUCUAUUCUGAUGGGAUACUACUAGAUAACUACUACUACUAAAGCAAAAAACGAACAAGAAUAUAAGAAUUUGAUUGGUCUAGCGAGCAGAUUGAAAUGCGUCGGUACGGACGCUUUCUGUAACGCAUCCCAGCUCAAAGGAGAUUGCUAAAAAGUAAUUUUCCACAACGUGGUGUAACACAAAAUAGAAAGCCGGUCGGAAAGUCUGACCGCAGAUAUGGUUUUUCAUCUUUUAACUAUAGUGGAAAAACAAAUUACAAACACGUGGAAUUAUGGUAAUAAGCCAUUUCGGAAAAAAAAAAUGAAAAAUUUUCACUUUCAAAAUGAGGCUGAGUGUAAAACCUUUCUUGUGAGAAUAAGUCUUAUUUGCAUGAGAAUAUCAGUGGCUUCGCACUUGGCCUUGUUUUCAAACAGAGGCUUGAAGCGACUCGGAAACUGCCUAUAACAGUCUUUCCUCAAGAUUUGCUCACUCUGACAAAUCGUUGGGAUUUUUAUUAUUUUUAUGGUAAAACUGGAGCUAACAACCCAGCCCCGUUUUUUCAGAUUUAAAAGCACUCAUUUGAUUUUAAUUUUUUCAUGUUUUUCUUCAGCUACGAGGAUUUAUGAAUGAAGUACUGUUGGACCAGAUUCCAAGUUUAAUAGAUCUUCAACGAUACCUUGAACAAUUAUCCAUAAUGGAACCGCCAGCUAUUAAAAAAGACAUUAUUCUAGAACAGGUGAAUGCAUUGUAGUAAUAAUGAAAAAAAAAUUCUUUUGGACAACAGUUCUUGCUCAAAUCCGGUCAACACUUUUUUUUUAAUAUCGUCGAACUUCUAAGUGCCUGCCUCCUAAGAUCUGCUUGUGGUAUUGCUACCAUAGCAACUAUCUCCUUCCCAGUUUCUCUCUUCUCUUCUUCCCUUUCUUGCUUCAGGAGAAUAGAGCGUUUUCACAUGACGUCACGGCGGCCAUAUUGGUGUUCCAAAACAAUGAAACGGCGGCCAUGUUGGUGUACCAAGAAAAUCCUUUGGGAGUUGAACUCUUUUCUCAUGUAAAUGCUUUCUUUUGUUCCAAUGAAUUGCAUAGAUGCUGGCCACGUGAGUGAAAACACUCUAUAGAAUGGAACGAGAUAGACCUGGCAUCAAGGGUGCCAUAGUAACAGUCCAUUAUUACUGUCAGAGACAAUGAAAUAAACGGCCAGAUUUUUUUAUUAUUAUUUUCCUUUAUUUUUAUCAAACAACAAAAGAUAUAUUGCAAGAUAGGGUACUUAGGGGGGUAACAUCGGUGGUAAGAAGUUUUUUCAAAACUUAAGGGUGCCCUGGAUAAUGAACAUAGCGUCGUGAAAUAACAUUAACGCAUAAAUAACUUAGUUUUAAAUGUAGGGAUGAAGGUCAUUCAGUUGUUAAUUUUUCUUUCGGAAAAUGACCACUAGGUCCCCGAGAUAAGAGAAAAACUGGUAAAAGAAAACCAAGGAAAAUGGGAAAAAAUCGCAAAAUAUCAGAAGAGGGCUUUCUUCUCACCGACAGCAGAGGAUAUUAAAAGACAAGCAAAAACGUGAGUACCACAAGUGGUUUUUGCAUCAUUAUGUAUGGCAGUUUAUUUCCUGUGUCGCAGCGGGAAAACGCGAAGGAAGGAGAAUCGGGUGCGCAAACGCGACAGGGGCGCAAAGAAGGAGGAGGGGCUACGUUCUCUUUGUGCCUCUUACGCCCUUGGUAGAUCCCGUCUAGCAGCUGCUAUGCAGAAUAUGCAGUUUCGAAAUCAUUAUCAUCGGUAUAGUACCAUUUUGGCUAGGCUGUUUUAGGCUUUAAGAUAGUAAAAAACAGAAGCGAUAGUACGGAGAGAGCAUUGGGAAAAAAUACACGAAAACCGCGUGGAGGCUGCAGAGAGACGGGGAAGUGGAGCCUGUAAGCAUUGUAUUCGAUACCUCAUUCGGAAAUACCGGCUCCUAGUAUGCACUACGAUUGGUCAAUUUUAACAGUUUGCGUCAAACCUUAUGUCAAGCUCUCGCUCUCGCGGGCGCAGAGUCAAACAAACAUGGCGAGCGGCAGGUGAAACCCUCUUACACCGCCUCUCCCCUUGCUUCCCGCAGUUUUUCACUCGCUCGCUUUUUUGCUGCUCGCCCGGUUGCUCGUCUGCACUGACCGAGAGCCAGGCACAGGUUACAUUUUUGUUGAGGGCGAGCGAGCGUGGCCCUGCCACGCCUAUCAAACUCUUCCUUUCUUCUUGCUACGACCCUCUCUGAUGGGACAAAUGCUCUACUUCUCAAUUUCUUUCCUACUAUUUACAUGCACUGUUUGUUCAUUUGUUUGGUUGUGUUCUUAGGUGGGCGAACACGUACAACUUGGAUAUGUUUGAAGAGCUGGUCAGUGAUCCUCCCAAAUGCGCUAUGUGUGGCCAACCAGCCACGAAACGAUGCUCUAGAUGUCAAACUGAAUGGUAUUGUAAAAGGUAACAAAUUUUCUCUAUUAACAACCACUCUGUCCGAGACACGUAUAAAUUGUCCUUUGAACGAGUAGUUCCAAUUUAUUUUGGGGAGUGCACUAACAACUAGAAUAGCUCACUUUGGAAAAGAAAGUCUUGCAUCUAGAAAAGGUGCACAAGUAUUUCAAGGAUUGCUCGGGAGAUAGGGAUGACAGGGAUUUUGAAUUUGCGUUGCUUAGUUUUCUCUUUACCAAUGUUUCACUCCCAAGACUUUAAGUGAAGGAAUGUCAGCUCUGACAUAGAAAUCUUUGAGAGACUUUUCGUUCCAAUGAGCAACAAAGACACUGGAUUUGUUUUAUUGUGAUCUCUUUCAGAGAAUGCCAGGUGAAACACUGGAGCAAGCACAAACCGGUUUGUAAUCUUGUAGUUGAAUCAAAGUCAUAGCGCUGUUGUCUUAUCAGUGU